UCUUGGCCUGAGUGCUUUCAGUGUGUAUCUCGCCAAGGUCUUAAAGGCAAUGCGCCCGCUCAAGUUAUUUGUCUUCUACCAUCCUCUGUCGCUUGUUCUUCUGUACUUUCCAAGUCUGCCAGUCGAGGGUUACAUUCCUUUUCCUCCCUUCCUCUAAUACUUUACUCAGAUUACGUUGAACGUAUCUGUUUUAAUUAUCACCGCUAGUCGGAGUCAUUCUUUUAACCCUUACUUUCUAGUCCAUACACUUCGCAUUUUCUGCUAUCCCCUCUUCAUCAUGCGCUUCACUACUUUGUUGCCCAUGCUGCUUGCAGCUGGCGUUGCCCAAGCUCAAUUCGGCGGCCAGAACGGUGGUAACAACGGUCAGGGUGGCCAGAACAACGGCCAGGGUCAGAACAACGGCCAGGGUCAGAACAACGGCCAGGGUCAGAACAACGGCCAGGGACAGAACAACGGCCAGGGUCAGAACAAUGGCCAAGGUCAGAACAACGGCCAGAAUGGUCAGAACAAUGGCCAGGGACAGAACAACAACAACAACAACAACAACAAUGGUGGUGGUGGCAACAACAACGCUCUCGCCCUGAACCCUGAUGUUGUGCAGACCAACAGUCAAGUUGACGGUUUGGCCGAAGCUGAAGCUGGUCAGGCUGCAUCCGCUACCGACCAAGCCAACUUCAUCAACUUCUGUCAAGGAAAGACCCUGACCAACGGUCUUCAGGUCAGGGAGGGUUCUUGCAACGGUAUUGUCAUGGGAGAAAUUCCUGCCGCCGGCAACAUGGUUUCUGCUAUUUUCCAGAACCCCAAGGACGGUGAUGACAUCGCCUCAGGAGAAGCCAUCACGUUCUCAGUCAAGAUCGCCAACUUGCAAGCCGGGUCUUUCACUAACCCUGAUAUUACCUACUACGCGGCUCCCCAGGCUCUACAAGGAGGCAAUGUUGUUGGCCACACCCACAUCACUGUCCAGGACAUGAACAACAACAAGAACCCCACGGAACCCCUGGAUGCCGAGACAUUUGCCUUCUUCAAGGGUAUCAAUGACAAUGGAGAUGGCAAUGGUCUGCUCAGUGCCGAUCUUGCUGCCGGUCUUCCCGAUGGUACCUACCGUGUAUGCUCAAUGACCUCUUCAAGCAACCAUCAGCCUGUUCUCAUGCCUGUUGCUCAGCGUGGCGCACAGGACGAUUGCGUUCGGUUCACUGUUGGUGCCGGCAAUGGCGGCAACAACAACAACAAUGGUCAAAACAACAACAACGGCCAGGGACAGAACAACGGUCAACAAGGACAGAACAAUGGUCAGGGACAGAACAACGGUCAGCAAGGACAGAACAACGGUCAGGGUCAGAACAACGGUCAGCAAGGACAAGGCCAGGGCGGUCAAGGCGGUCAGGGCCAGGGUGGUCAAGGUCAAGGUCAAGGCGGUCAGGGCGGUCAGGGCGCUGCUCGUGGACGUGGACGCGGUCGUGGACGAUUCAACCGCCCCAAGUUCGCUGCUCGUGACUUCAUCGCUUAAGUCUACCAGCAAUUUUCUUGAAGAGCACGGAAUUAAGGCGGGUUGUGGAGAGGCAUGAAGCAUGGCAUUCGGUGGUAAUGGUACUUUUCUCUUUGGCAUGAUUUGGAACUCAAUGAUAUGACUGCAUUGCUCCCGCGAGCCGGGUCAGUGGUGCAGGUAUAUCACUCUACGGAGGAAGAAGCGCAGCGCUUCAUUAGAACAGGCUCUGAGGAUGUGUGAUUUCCCUUUUCUUUGGCGCUUCGAUACAUUAUGGGUCAAUGAAAUGUAAAAUUAUUUCUAAAAAUCUAUUCCGUAUCACGUCUGCCGUAAA